CCCGUAUGUAAACACACGGCAAAAUGGCAGCUCCCUUGGCCAGAUUCUGUGGGAAGCUCGGCAAGCGCGUGGCCCGGCCGUGGGCGCUGAGCGCACGCGCGCUCCAGCAGGGGGCCUCGCGGCCGGGCGCCGAGCCAAGUCUCGAGGCGAGCGGCGCCGCCCACCCGCCGCUGCAGAGCUUCACGGAGGAGGAGAGCAUGAUGAGGGAGACGGUGAAGAAGUUUGCCCAGGAACGCAUUGCACCAUUGGUCUCCAAGAUGGAUGAGAACUCUGCCAUGGAUGAGGCGGUGAUAAAGGACCUAUUUGACCAAGGGCUUAUGGGUAUUGAGAUUGACCCCCAAUAUGGAGGCACCGGCGCUUCCUUCUUCUCCUCCAUCCUGGUCAUUGAGGAGCUGGCAAAGGUGGACCCCUCUGUGGCCGUGCUCUGUGACAUCCAGAACACUCUGAUCAACACGCUGUUUGUGAAGCUGGGCACCGAGGCCCAGAAGGAAUGCUAUCUUCCCCGCCUGUCCACCGAAAUGGUCGGUAGCUUCUGCUUGUCGGAGGCGGAGUCCGGCAGCGACGCGUUCUCCUUGAAGACCCGUGCAGAAAAACACAAGGACUAUUAUAUCAUCAAUGGUUCCAAGAUGUGGAUCAGCAACGCGGAGUAUGCCGGUGUUUUCCUGGUCAUGGCCAACGUGGACCCUUCAGCUGGUUACAGGGGCAUCACCUGCUUCAUCGUGGACAGGGACACAGAGGGGCUGCACAUCGGGCGGAAGGAAAACAAGCUGGGCCUGCGCGCAUCCUCCACCUGCCCCCUCAAUUUCGACAAUGUCAAGGUUCCCGAGAGCAACAUUCUGGGCAAGGCUGGCCAGGGCUACAAGUACGCCAUCGGGAUGCUGAACGAGGGCCGGAUUGGCAUCGCUGCGCAGAUGGUAGGCUUGGCCCAGGGCUGCUUUGACCAAACCAUCCCCUACGUGCAACAGCGAGUUCAAUUUGGCAAACGAAUCUUCGACUUCCAGGGCAUGCAGCACCAAAUCUCCCAUGUGGCCACCCAGCUGGAGGCAGCCCGCCUGCUCACCUACAAUGCAGCCCGUCUGAAGGAAGCAGGGAAGCCCUUCAUCAAGGAGGCUUGCAUGGCCAAGUACUUUGCUGCUGAGGUGGCAACACUGACAACAUCGAAAUGCAUCGAGUGGAUGGGCGGUGUUGGUUUCACGAAAGAUUAUCCCAUCGAGAAAUUCUACAGAGACUGUAAGAUAGGUACUAUAUAUGAAGGUACAACAAACAUCCAGCUCACAACAAUAUCUAAAUUCAUCGAUCAGGAAUACAACGGUUAAACUGCUCUCCUGUACAAACCAGUGCACUUUACUGCCGUCGCUCUCGUUUGUAGCACUUUCUGGUGUUAAGAUUUUGAGUGUGACUGUCGUAGGAAUUGUUUUACAGGACGUUACUGUGCGGAACUGGGUUUUAGUUUCUAAAGGAGAACUAUUUGAUCCAACCAUUGCAACGCUGAGCACGCAUAGUACAGUGUUGAAUGUUUGUACAGAAUAUCUGUUACAUCUAUAAUACAAAUAUAUACUGUAGAUUAAUGUUUGAGUCGCAUUUUCUUACAGUGAGUCUGUAGGCUAUCAUGAUGGGGUUUUUUUUUUUUUGUUCGAUUAAUCAAGCAAGUACAUUUCCAUUAUGAAUGAAAGAACACUUUUACAUGUGGUGAGAUCCUGGUGAUGUGUGUUAUACAUUAAAAAGCUCUGGAAUACACUGACAUAUUGCUUAUAAACUGUAAUAUAUUUGGUGUGCAGUUACACUGUGUCCUUACAGAAGGUAUUUCAGUAAACAUUCAGACCUAAAAAUGUGUACAAUUUUAAACUGUGAAGGGAAUGUACUUAAUGCUAAGAGCACUGUUGGCGUGUUCAGUGGAGGGCGAGUGUAACGUCACAAAGCCUGGUUUCCUGCGGUAUUUUUCAGUGCUUGCCAAUAUAAACUGUGCCUUAAGACGAGUGCACAUUUUCGUGUAAUUUUUUUACCUUUAGAAGUCUAUUAGAAUAACCAAGAUAAACACAGCAGGAAACGAUUUUUUCAAUUCUCAGCACGAGACUCAUUUCUUCCGUCUCUUUUGAAAUUGUAACGCGUGUUUGUGACAACUUCAGGUUACGGUGGUGUAAUUAUAUGGCUUUGUCUCAGUGUGUCCC